CUCUCUCUCUCCAGUGUCGUCGUGGGUAAGGGUGCAGGAGCGGCACAGUACCCAACCCUCAGCAGGGUCGUCGAGGCCAUCAUGUUGGAGCUGUGCCGCGUCCACAGCAGCGACGCCAAGACCAUCGCCGGGGCACGCCUCAACCGCUGGGGUGCCGUCAUGAGGGAUUACAAAUUCAUCCAGGACAACGUGGUCAACUGUCCUGCCCUCAUGGCGAGCACCCGCAUCCAGCUGUAUGACGUGAACCAGCGGACCCUGUCCAUGUGGCAAAACACCAGGGAAAAAAGCAUGAUGAGGGACACCCUCUCCCUCGCAGUCCCGGGGCCCAGCGCUCCCCAGACUGCAGCGGAGCCCCUGUCGGCCCCACGGACUCUGCUGCAGCAGCCCCAGCAGCCAGACCAGCCCCUCCAGCACCACCUGCCCGCGGAUGCCUCUGGUCUGGCUGCAACGAUCAGAGGGCCGCUGGCCCCGGAGCUCUAUGACCUCGUGGUGGAGCAGCAGAGUGCCGCCGCCGCCGCCGCCGCCACCGCCGCCGCCCCCCCGGACCUCAGCCCGCUCUCAGCCGCGGCCACCGCUCCAGCCAUUGCCGCUCCAGCCGUCGCCAUUGGUGGAGCCAUGUCCCGCACCACUGCCUGGAGGCACAGGGUCCUGGAGGAGAAGGAGCGUCGUGCCCGGGAGCUAGGGGUCUACCUCAAGCCCCUUAAAAAGGUCUCGGGCUUUACCUGCAAGCGCUGUGGCCAGCAUAAGACCAGGGAGAACGGCCACAGCCGCUACAAGCGGGAGACCUUUUGCGCCCGGGCCGACGGGGGAACGGUGGAGCAGUGGCGUCGUGAUCGGCUGGCCAGAGACCGCGAGGCCCCCCCCCCCGCCGCCACCCUGACAUUCUCUCCCCCCCCCCCCCCCCCAGCAGCAGUGUGGAGCUGGCUGUGUAGAGGGACCACCAGCCAUUGUAAAUUAUGUAUAUAUAUAUAUAUAAACAGCCUACCGUUACCGAAAGACUCUGUGUCGUUUGUGUGGAAGAAAGAACGAUUUUUGCUCAAAUCACAUCACAAAAAGAAAACACGCCUUAAAAGCUGGUUGAAAAAAAGCCAUUCUUUAUUAAACAAUGUAUAAAUUAACAACACAUAAAAGAGGGUUGCUAAAAGUCAUUCUUUUUUCCAGAUCAUGCAUACGCAUCCAUUAAUUUCUGCUACCUUUUUGGCUGUCCGAGUAUUUUCCUUAAAUCAUGUCUUUAACUGCCACACACAUACACACACACACACACACACACAACACUUCAAACAGCAUGAUGGACAAACACACAUCACACACAUCUAUCAUGACAGUAGCAGUGGGAAAUAGAACUGAAGCGCAGAGAGCCCCCCCAACACCCUGAGUUCAUUUCACACCUCCAACUUGGACUCUUGUCUAUCAGGAUGACUGAUCAAGCUAAGACAAAAGAUCAGACAGGGCAGCUGGCCUCGGGAAAGUCUUCCCCGUGUGCAGGUGAAGGUGAAGGUCCACCCCUUUCCCGUACAAGGUUCAAAUAGGGCUGCAGGAGAUGCCUCUAAACCACACUACGAUGGAAGCCACGAACAGCAACCUCGGAGCGCAGCCUGAGCCAGAGGCCGUGGAACCAGAAGGUGUGUAUCUAACUUGCUAAAUUGGUGUGUGUGUGUGUGUGUGUGUGUGUGUGUGUGUGUGUGUGUGUGUGUGUGUGUGUGUGUGUGUGUGUGUGUGUGCACAU